GUGAAACAUUUUUUUGGGAUUUGAUACGAGUUUGAGGAUUUAACAUUUCAAUAAUAAUAACUGAAUUUAUAUCUGCAAAAAUUUCCUGUUGUAAACAAAAUUAUUACAAAAAAGUGAAAAGAAAAUGUAAAUACAAAUAUUAUAGCAAAUAUAAAUUAUAAUUUAGUAAUUGCCGUAUGAAUAAAUUGGAAUCUUUUGAGCUGAUUUUGGCCAGAGCUGCAAUUUUUACUAUCAUUUUGUCCAAAUGGUUAUGUUUUUAACGCGUAAACGGAAAUUCUUCAAAAGUAAAAAUUGCUGACAGACUUAGUGAAUUUGUCUGUAAUCAUAAGACAAAUGCACAAAUACCUUUUUAAUAUCUAAUAGCGAUACAAAUUUUAAGCAAAUAAAAACAAUUAAAACACGAACGUAUUCCCCAUAUCUUCAAUCAAAUAAGCAACCAUUUCCAGCUUGAUGUGUAGUAUCUAAAAGAGUUUCAUAAUUUACUGCAUUUUUAAUAUCGCUCACAUAGGAAUCAACAAACAUACAUAAAAAUACCUGUCGCAAUCUCUACAGUACCCCCCCAAACCUUUUGAUUGAAUUCAUGUGACACAGCGGUCAUAUCUAGAUUUGGCUACUUAUUUUGACUUUUCUCAAGUGAAAUGCUGGUUUUCCUUUGAACCAUUCAUUUGGAGAGAGAAAUUUAAUGUCAUUAAACAACAACUUGCAACCAUUGACUGAGACUCCUGCCACAACUUCAUUUUACAAUUUACAAGCAUAUACAAACUGUUUUACAAUGUACGAAUCAUAUAAAUUCCUAAACGUCAUAUUCCGUGCUUCAGUCAUUCCGGGAGCAUUAAUGUUAAUUUGGCUGACUGGGAUAAUUUCACUGGCCGUAGUACAAUUAUGCAUGCUAGUAUUUCUUCUAAUAUUUGUAGGGUUUCCAUUAAUAUUUCGAUAUUCUAUAACACUGCAAAGAGGCAUACUUUUUCUUACAUUUAUCACAUACCCCAAAGAUCUCGAUCUCUCAAACCCGGCAACGGUUGGCCUUUUUGGCACUAGAAGUCUUAAUCUCAGCGUACUUGAUCCGGACGCUGAGGAACGUCAUGAUGGAGUACGGAUUGGUGUGUGGCACGUUCUGCCUUUGCAGUUGGCCAAGCGCUUUGCGCAAGAACUGAACAUUGAUGCGCAAGCGCACGAAGAAUUAGAAAAUGUAGCAGUUGAAAAAAAUGAAGAAUUAGAGCAAUUAUUACCCGUACUAAAAUCUGAAUUUCCACAAGUGACCGCCGAGAAUGAACAGUUAUUUUAUGAGCGCAUGCUUAAACUUCCCGGAUCAAUAGUUUUAUAUCUGCAUGGCAACACUGCGUCUCGCGGCUCUGGACAUCGUGUUGAGAUGUACCAGGUGUUACGCAAACUUGGGUAUCAUAUAUUGUCCUUAGACUAUCGCGGUUAUGGAGAUUCUGAUCCCGUUGCACCCACCGAAGAGGGAAUUGUGCGCGAUGCUUUAACUGUAUAUGAAUAUAUUAGAAACGUUACAACGAAUCCUGUUUUUGUUUGGGGCCAUUCACUGGGUACAGGAGUGGCAUGUCAUCUGUGCUCACAAUUGAGUUUGAAUUUCAAAAUGAGUUUACCACGUGGCGUUAUAUUGGAAGCGCCUUUUACUAACAUACGCGACGAGAUAAGAUUACAUCCAUUCGCACGACCGUUCAAGGACUUGCCUUGGUUUGAUAUGACUAUAGCGCGCCCGAUGUACACGAACAAUUUGCGUUUCGAAUCGGAUCAGCAUAUAUCUAAAUUUCGACAACCGGUAAUGAUACUUCAUGCCGAAGAUGAUUAUGUCGUUCCAUUCGAACUGGGAUAUAAAUUAUAUCGGACCGCAUUGGAUACGCGAGCAAAAGCGUGGGGUCCUAUUGAAUUUCAUCGGUUUAGUGGUGAUGCGGGUUAUGGCCAUAAGUUUCUUUGCCGUGCCCCACAACUGCCCGAAAUAGUAAAACAGUUUGUUGAUGCUUAUCGCAACGAAGAGUUUUAAGAGCAUUAUGCAGAAGAACAAAUUGUUUAAAAUUUUAAGUGCUCUUUUUGCGUUUGGGGCAUAAAAUCAAUUGGAAGUCAUUACGGUAAAUGUUUUUUAAUUAUUUAUAAACAAGUAAGCAAAAAAAAGCUUCGCUAGAAUUUUUUCUAAUAAAUUUAUUGUAGUAUUAUUUGAAAAGAGAUAAAUUAAUUGUAUUACGAAUUGAAGAGGUAUUUUUUAAGAAAUAAAUAUGCUUAAAAACUGAAUAUAUCAGUUUACUG